ACGUGUUGGGUGAACUGGGAGGUGGUGUCCAUCUUAUUUACACCGGUGAGAUUGCUAAAUUUUUGAUCUGUCGGAUUUUUUAAGGUGCUUAAAAGUUGAAAGCCGGGUUUUCAGAGAUGAGCAGUUCAGAGGAAGUGUCAUGGAUCUCCUGGUUUUGUGGGCUGAGGGGAAAUGAGUUUUUCUGUGAGGUGGAUGAAGACUACAUCCAGGACAAGUUCAACCUGACGGGGCUCAAUGAGCAGGUUCCCCACUACCGCCAGGCCCUGGACAUGAUCCUGGACCUUGAACCAGAUGAGGAACUGGAGGACAAUCCCAACCAGAGCGACCUGAUCGAGCAGGCGGCUGAGAUGCUGUACGGACUCAUCCACGCACGCUAUAUCCUCACUAACCGAGGCAUCGCACAGAUGUUGGAGAAGUAUCAACAGGGAGAUUUCGGCUAUUGUCCUCGGGUCUAUUGUGAGAAUCAGCCUAUGCUUCCUAUUGGUCUGUCAGAUAUCCCAGGAGAGGCCAUGGUGAAGCUGUACUGUCCUAAAUGUAUGGACGUCUACACACCCAAGUCCUCCAGGCACCACCACACAGAUGGAGCCUAUUUCGGCACUGGCUUCCCCCACAUGCUCUUCAUGGUUCACCCUGAGUACAGGCCCAAGAGGCCCGCCAACCAGUUUGUCCCGAGGCUGUACGGGUUUAAGAUCCACCCCAUGGCCUACCAGCUGCAGCUGCAAGCCGCCUCCAGCUUCAAGAGCCCCGUCAAGGCCAUCCGCUAAACAAACGAGGAGGAAGAGGAGGAUGAAUCGUAGAGAGAGAAGAAAGGAAAGAAUUAUCAUCAGAAGGGGAGGAGUCACCUGCAUUUGACAAAGCUUUUCAGGUGCCCCCUCCCCACCCUGAAGACUGUAUUAUUUUGGUUUAGACUAGGGCAAAUGAAAAAGUGUAAAGAUUUUCUGAGUGUGAACAAGACAUAGAGAACGCACAGCCAUGAUCUUAAUCACAAACACACACACACACACAUGCGCUCAUACACACACACACACACACACACACACACACACACACACACUUGGGAUUCCAUGCACGUACAUUACCAAACUCAUCAGUGCCAAAAACAGGAGGGUGAGGUAAGAGGAACCAUACAGGGGCCUCAUGCUGCUGCGGCUGCUGCUCACAAGCACGCUGAUGAGAAUAAUCACUUAAGGGAACUUUUCCCCGCAGAAAAGGUUUUAUGUCCGGGGCUGAAAGCUAAAGAAGGUGCAACGGCGGAGUCGGCUUCCACCUCUGGCUCUGCGUUUGUUCUGUAUUUGGCACAGUUUGGUAAAAAGUGGUGGUAAACCCUCCAUCAUCGGAAGCCUCAUUUCCCUGUUAGCCCCCCCCCCCCCCCCCCCCCCGUGCAUGUACACUCAGGCUGGCACCCGCAGAGACAGUUUGGACGGUGGGUGUUUUUCCGUAUCACUCAUUUGUAAGAAUUGGGUUCAUCCGACGUUCUGUGGUGGCGUUGCACAAAGCUUUCUGUUAAAUUUGCCUUAAGAUUCGGAGAACACACCCCGGUUUGUUUUUGUUUUCCAAGAGGCACAAAAAGCAUACGUUUGUUUUUGUUUCCUUUCUGCCGUCAGAGGACACAGACGUCGAUGAAUUUACGGAUCGUGGAGACGGUUUUAAUCGGCCUGUGUCGCACCUCCUGCUGUCUGUGCGCGUGUCAAACAACUGUCUGUAUCGGUACCGAAGUGAAAAUAUAACCUGUGCUACAUUUUUCUGAGACGUGUCCCCUCCUGCAGCAGCAGGCUUAGCUGCGUUUGUAUUGUCACCCCCCCCCCUCCCUUCCCUCGUAGCUUCAGCUUCCUCAAACAAAUUGUUUGACAUUUUGGGGAAUGUGCAUGUUUGCUUUGUGGUUGACAGUAGAGGAGAAGACUCUUACAACUCUGUGGUGAGCUGCAUGAAGCUACUGUCACCGGCUGUUUAGCUUUGCUUGGAUCAAAGAUCAUAAAUGGGAAAACGGUUUUCCUGACUAACUCUGUCCGAAGGUAACAAAAAUCUCCCAUGAGCACCUCUAAAGCUCACUAAUAGACUUUUUUUAGGGGAGGCAUUUGGAGCCUGUUAAGACCUACACAGUUAUUACAAUCUUUAUUCUUUAUUUGAAGCCAAGGGUAAAUUAAAAGACACUAAAACAUCAUCUGGUAUUAGAGUAGUAUCAAUACUGCCUGCACACUUUUGUUAGAUGCGUCCGUGCAGCUUAAGAUACCGCCGUCAGCAGAAUUCAGCACGGCUCCUUCCAUAGGGCAAAGCGAUGCACCGUCAUAAAACAUCCAACUAAACAUAAAAUAGGCAAGCUAAAGAACGUUAGCGAGCUGUCACCAAAACAACCACCAUGGACAAGACUGACGACGCAGUCCUUUUUAGGGCCGCAUUAGCGUUUACACUACAAACGCUAUGUUGUCCAAUGCGACUCAGACCACCUCGGCGUGUGUUUGGAGUGAUUGCAUCACAAUGCAUCUUGAUGGUUGUUUACACUCUUAUUUAGUGCUGUCCACGCGUGAUCUGAUCACCCCAAACGCAUGUCAAAAGCAGGUGUAAACACGGCCUUUGAAUCGUCAGAGUAACAUGAACAUGAAUGAUAGCUGCAUUCCAUUUAGGGGAGGCCCUGACUGAGACAUUUAAUGGAACUGAGCCAUUGUUAGUGUUAUCAGUUUCACUUGUGUUUGUGCUGCUAUGACGAGUCUAAAUUUCUGCUGUGGAAAAGGUCUUUAACUCCGCUGAGGAGGUCAUGUUUUCAGCACCGUUUGUCGGUUUGGUUGUCAGCAGGAUAAACUACUGGUCCAGUUUUCAACAAACGUGAGGAAGAGUGUGACAUGAAAUUUGCCUUCAGGGCGUUGUGCCGUGAAGUCGUUUCUUGGUGAGGUUUACAGAUGAGAUAAUGGUUUGGGAUUAGUGAGCCCUGAAGGCAAACUUCUUCGGGGGGUUACUGGUCUCUGCCAAGAAAUAGUCUGACCUGUGACAAAAAUGCAAAUUAUUUCCAACUUUUGGUACAUAUUUACGCAAGGUCGCCACACCAGAAAAAAACAAUAUCAAGUAAUAAUGUGAAAAGUUUGUUUUUCACAUUUUAACAAAAUAUUUGCAAGUUAUUACAUUAUACAAACUUAUCACAUUAUAACAAGAAACUUUGCUUGUUAGAUGAGAAGAAACAAGAAAUUGUUCUUGUUUUAACAAUAGAUUAUCACGUAAAAAAAUAUCCUCUAAGUUUGUAUGAUGUAAUAUGUGAAAAUAUCUUGUUAUGACAAGACUCCGCUUUAACAAAAUAUUUUCACGAUAUUAUGUAGUACAAACUUAGAACAGUAUAACAAGAAACUUUUCUUGUUAGAUGAGAGAAAACAAGAAACCUUUGUGAUUUUACAACAAUAAAUGAUCACGUAAAUAGCAUCUUAUUAUACCCUUAAAUUUGUAUGGUAUAAUAUGUGAAAAUAUUUUGCUAAAAUGUGAAAAAAUCUUGUUAUAACAAGACGUUUUUCAUGUUUUAACAAAAUAUUACAAACUUAGAACGGAAACUUUUCUUGUUAUAACAAUAUAUCAUCACGUAAAUAGUAUCUUGUUAUAGCCUUACGUUUGUAUGGUGAAUAAGAAACUUGUCACGUUAUUAUGACACUGAUCAGUUUUUCUUUCGGUGGCAGCAAAACGCUUCUUUGCAUAUUAAAGUUGAAACCAGAUCUGAGCUCAUUGGUGAGCUUUAGAGGUGCUGGGAGGCCUGAACAGCUGUUUCCUCCUGUUCCAGUCUUUAUGCUGAGCUAACCGGCUGCUGGUUGUAGCUUCAUAUUUAACACGCAGAAAUGAGAGUGCUGUCUUCUCUUCUUACUCUCAGCCUGAAAGCAAAUAUUCCCCAAAAUGUCAAAGUAUCCGUGUAAAAGGUCGAGGAGGAGACCUGGAGAAAGAGGACUUUAGACAAUCUGAAUCCUUCAGCUCACUCCAUCACUGCACUGAUCCCACUGGUGUCUCCACAGCACAGUCUCAUUAUUUAUGUUCGGCUUUAGAGACAGACCGACCACCAGCCGCUUACUUUUUUUUUGUUUCCGAAACAGUGGGGCAGACAGUCGGCUGCCCUCCCUUCUCUCCCCUCUUUACGUUUGUGUGACUGGAAUAGAUUUUGGAUUUCAUGAUACAAGAGAAACGGUAUUUAUGUGUCCAGAUUUUAACUAAUGUUCGUCUGUGUUGUUGUUGUCUUUCUGCUACUGUGGAAGGGUGAGCAGGAUUCAGAAUUCUCAAUAAACUUCUAUUUUCUUUUCAUA